AUGAAGCUGCUGUUUCUGUGUCUGGGGCUGAUUCUAGUCUGUGCCCACGAAGAAGGAAAUGAUGUUGUGAGAAGAAACUUCGAUGUUUCGAAGAUUUCAGGAUAUUGGUAUUCCAUUUUCUUGGCCUCUGAUGUCAGGGAAAGGAUAGAAGAAAAUGGUAGCAUGAGGGGUUUUGUGAAACACAUUGAAGUCCUGAGCAACUCUUCUCUGUUCUUUAACAUGCAUAUAAAAGUGGAUGGAAAGUGUACUGAAAUUACUCUGCUUUCUGACAAAACAGAGAAGGAUGGUGAAUAUAGUGUUGUGUAUGAUGGAUACAAUUUAUUUAGCAUAGUUGAAACAGACUACACUGACUAUAUUAUGUUUCAUCUUGUGAAUUUCAAUGAGGAGCAGCCCUUCCAACUGAUGGAGCUCUUAGCCCGAGAAUCAGACGUGAGUGAAGAAGUCAAGAAAAGGUUUGUGAAAUAUUGCCAGAGACAUGGAAUUGUUAAGGAAAAUAUAUUUGACCUGACCGAAGUUGAUCGCUGUCUCCAGGCCUGA